AUGAAGUGCGUGUAUUGGAACAUUAGAGGGCUGGGGAACGAUCGUGCUCGAGCUCAUUUGAGACUGCUGGUGAAUGAAAUAAAACCAGAUUUCCUAUGUUUGGCGGAACCAAAGAUCCCUGUUGAGAGGUGUCCCAGUCGAUAUUUCUCAAGGAUAGGGCUGCACCCUAAUGUAAUUGCAAACCGCAGAGAAGAUGGAGCUGCUAAUUUAUGGUUCCUUUGGAGAGAAGGGCUGCCAGAACCGGUGGUGAUUUUAAGCUCCAGCCAGCAUAUGACCCUGCAGGUCAAGAUUCAGGGGGUUAAAAGUUUUGUUUCAGUGGUUCAUGCUAGCUGCUUGCGAGCAGUUCGACGUGAUCUGUGGUGCGAUUUGGCGUCAGUUGCAGGGGUUGCAUGUCCCUGGCUUGUUAUAGGUGACUUUAAUGCGUAUUUGUAUGCUAGUGAGAAAAGGGGACCCGGUCACUUCAAUCAAGGCUCAGUAGAGGAUUUUACGGCGAUGGUAGAUUUGGCAUCGUUAACGCCAAUCCCAUCAUCGGGUAAGAAGUUCACUUGGUCAAAUAAUAGAAGAAUUGGGAAUGUUCAAGCAGUCCUAGACAGAAGCUUUGGGAAUGAUGCAUGGUGGCAGCAGUUCGAAGGGUGCUCUCAGCGGGUACUAGUAAGUGGAUAUUCAGACCACUCUCCUAUUUUGGUUUCUUGUGAAAAUCUUCCGCGCCCCCCCAAUGUGCCAUUUCGGUUUCAGCGAUUCUGGACAAAACAUGAUGACUUCAGGAGUUUUGUUAAAGAUUCCUGGGGAGAACCAGUCAAGGGCUCACCACUGUUUGUAGUUACCAAGAAAUUGAAGCGCCUCAAAGGCCCGCUUCGAGCCUGGGCUAGAGGGGCGUUCCCUCAUAUUGACCAUGAGAUAUCACGCACCAAGGAUCACCUGCAUUCAAUUCAAAAAACUAUUGAGGAAGAUGGUUACUCGGAUGCCUUGUUUGACAGUGAGGUGUCUGCGAAGCUGAGUUAUAACAAGGCAGUGGAGCUACAAGAGAAGUUGUGGAAAGAAAAAGCCAGGGAUAAAUGGGUCAAACACAGUGACAGACGCACUAAAUAUUUUCACCUCUCCACUAAAAUCCGGCGAGCUUUGAAUGCUAUCCGUGAAAUCAAACGAGAUGAUGGAGUGAGUUUGAAGGAGACUAGCUCAAUUGCUGAUUACUUUGUGAGCCAUUUUGAAAGUUUUUAUAAAAGAGGGACGGUUUCCAGUAACGCAGAUUUGAUUGCAGAUAUUCCCCCCCCUGAUCACUGCAUCUGA